GAAUGAGGGUCUCCCCCCCCCCCCCCCGGGCGGCGGGCAGAAGAAAAGAAAAAGGCGCCCAUGGGAAUUUGGAAUUCGCCCAUAUUUAAGGCCGGCGAAAUCCCCUCACGACGGUCCGCUUAUCAUAGUUUCGAAACUCCGCUCCGAACGGGGAGACACUUCCACCUUACCUGAAAACAAACAAAAAAACGUGACGACACUUUUGUGAGCGAUCAAUCGAAACUCAUCGACGCCAAUCAACAUCCCCGCGCAACUCAUCUCAUCAUCCAACUAACCUCACGCACUCACUAUUGCACUCACAUUUCACCACUCACCACUCACCACAGGACACCGACACCCCCACCCAUCGUCGGCGGUGAAGCGCAACGCCAGCUUGCGUGUCCAUCUCAAUUGAAAUCACGCCGUGUCGCGGUAAUGGCGGAUAACCAGGUGCGGCUGCAGAACGAGGCUUCGGUGAGGGCGGGGGAGGGGCAGCAGCAGCAGCAGCAGCAACAACGGCAGCAAUAUGACAGGUCAACGAGCGGCGACAGUCGAGCCGGCUUCGAGGAGUACUGGAGGGAAGAGAAGGAGAGCGAGAGGGCUGGGAAGGUACAGUUCGUGAACGAGGGGCCGCCCCAUCAUCAUCUUCAAUCAUCGUCGUCGCCGUUGGAUCACCAAUCGCAGCUGCUUUCGGGGGGAGGAGGAGGUGAUCAGGAACGGCAGGGUUCUUCAGAGUCAACAACACCCGGCCUCACGCCCGCAGAAAAGGCCAAGCUCCGCCGUCAGCAGGUCCGCAAGGCCCAAAUCCAGCACCGCACCCGCAAGGCGAACUACAUCAAGCAGCUCGAGCUCGACGUCUGCAAGUUUCGAAAUAUGAUCGCCGCUGCCGAGAAGGAGGUCCUCGCCUUCCGCCGCGAAAACGAGGGCAUGAGGGGCGCCCUCACCGCGCGGGGGUUCGCGGUACCCCCCGAAGGACCAAAGGGGCAAAGCUACGUCAUCGACGAGGUGCAAAUUCGCGGGUCGCAGGAGCCCGUGGCGGUGCCGGCGGAGAGGGAAGAAGUCCCGAUGGCACCGGCGGUGGUCCAGCAGCAGCAGCAACAGCAAGAAUUACCUCCCAUCCCGGCACAACGACAACUUUCCCAACAGUCAGAGGACCAAGCGCAGUACCCAGCGAGUGCUCCCGCGGAAGAAUCCCAGGUGGCGGCAUAUCAACCUCAGACCCUGGACUACGACCCAUACCCGCCGGUCGACCUCUUCGCGGACGUCAACAUGGGCGAGGUCACAGUCACGAUGCGCAAGGACGACGCCCUCGGCACGCCGUGCUUCCAGAUCUCGUCGCCGUCGGCCGCGGUCGCGUAUACCCAGUCACAACCGCCGUCACCAGAUCAGUUGUCUGCGGAAGAGGAGAUCAUUGCCAUCAACCUCAUUCUCGCCAUGGAACACAUCUGCUGGAACCACUUCCACCCCCGCCAAUUCCCGACCCACGGCGACACCUGCAAAGCCGCCUCAGGCCACACAAUGAUGGCCUCGACCCUCUGCAUGUCCUCCGCCCCAGCCCGCGUCUACCGCACCAUCCGCCGCGGUGAUGCUGAGACCGUCGCGCACACCUGGCAAGCCGACACGGGCGCCGGCUCCUCCCUUUCCUUGAAAUCGUUGCUGGCCCUCGCCAAGACGCUGAACCCGGGCGACAUCGAGCUCACGCCUGUGCAGGCGUGGUUCGAGCUCGCGGCGCGGUACGGGGCUGCGGCGCUGAUGCGGGGCAAUGUGAUUGAGGCGUUGAAGAGGGAGUUUUGCGGGGUGGUGGAUUGUAUUCACUUUGGGGCGAUUAUUGAGAGGGAUGCGUUUGAGAGUGUUGUGGCGAGGGUUAUGGAGCAGGUUGGGGUUCCGGAGCUGGAGUGGGAGAUGGAUGUUGAUGAGGGGGUUGGGGCGGGAGUGGGAGCUGGGGGUAUGGUGUAUGGUGCGCAGCAGAUUACCGCUUGAAGCGAGGGUUGAUGAGAGAGUGAAAGAGAAGGGGGGGGGGUCUCCAUGACGAAGCAUUCUUGCAAGGGGGUGGAAGCGCUGCCUGGUUUGGAUUGCAUAUCGUCUACCACGCCAAGGCGAAUGAUGAAUUUACGACGUUUUUACGACUUUACAAAAGGGGGAAGGAGAAUAGGAUUUAGGCCGCAUAUUUUGCAUCUCUAGACUGAAGACCAUGGGAUGAGAGAGACGGAUACACUUUGUACAGAGAGAGCAAGGUCCCCAAGAAAGAAAGGGGUGACUUCUACAAAGAUACACAUCAAUUGAGAGAGUACUUCAGCUCACGACCUUCAAUUGAGAUCUUGGUCUUUAUUAUAUUGAUCAAGAGCCUCAUGCAGCUACCAGUCGGCGAUAGGAAACGGAGCUAGCAAGCUCAAGCAUACAACCCACUCGGACUGAGCCCCCGAGAGGUAAGAUGAAAAAAAAAGAAAAGACAAAGUCUCUGAC